CAAUAGCAAAACUGACAUAAUAAUAAAUUCACCAAUAUAUCAAGAAAGCCAUACUAACAAUAUUGUCAUAAUCGUCGAUGGAGAACAACAGGCAAAAGCUUUACAACCGAUUUAUUGUAAUUUAUCGAAACAGUCGAGCAAUACGUUUAUUCAUGUAGUAGUUACUGGUAAAGAACGUGGAAUGUGUGGAGAAGAGCUAAAAAAGAUUAAGUUUGAAUUACCUGAAUGUCACAUAUCCGUACACGACUUGGGUAUUCGAAAUCGUUCAUCAGACAAUGAAAAUUUUAUGUCGUCUAUAUUUACAGAAACAACUCGCAUGGUAAAUCAACUUAGACCGAUUGUAUUGAUUUAUAUAAAAAAUUUAGAUGAUUUUGUGAUGCGUGGAAUUGACGCUGCUACAAUUGCGACAUCCAAAAUUAAUGAAUUCACAAAGAUUGCAAUACCUAUUGAACAUAUGAACAAUAUAAUGUUCAUAACAGAUUUGCCAAUUGAAGCUCUUAAACAAUGGAACACUCCCAAAUUUCGUAUACAAGUAAUUACAUAUGAACGUCCAGCUUCUUUAAAACGUCUCGUAGAAUCACUUAGGUCAUCUAUUUAUCUUGGUGACAACGUACCUCUCACCAUAAAUAUUGAUGAGGGUGCUGACCUACGUACCAUUGAAUAUUCUCAUGCUAUUGAAUGGCCUUUUGGUAAAAAGAAUAUUCUACGUCGCACAGUUCAAGGUGGCUUGGUUGCAAACAUUGUGGAAUCUUAUUAUCCGGCCCAUAAUAAUGAUUAUGCCUUCAUCUUUGAGGAUGAUAUUGAAGUUUCCCCAUUUUUCUACAUAUGGGCUAAAUAUACCAUUUUAAAAUAUAGAUAUGGUCCUGAUAGAAUUUUUAGCAAUAGAAUGUUUGGCGUCAGCCUUUACAAUUCAAAACACAUUGAAUUAACUUUGCCUAAGCAUACGAAAUUUAAUGCUGCUCUCGUUUUGGAUUCUGCAAAAUAUAAUAGACGAAGUCCAUAUCUUAGUCAAAUACCAUGUAGUUGGGGUUCUGUAUUAUUCCCUGAAAUAUGGCGUGAAUUUCAUCAUUAUAUAUCUGUUCGAUUAAAGAACCCUAAUUUGCAAGACAUUAAUAUUCCUGAAAGUCGUUCAAAUAGGUGGCAUAAUUCUUGGAAGCGUUAUUUUAUUGAGCUCGUUUAUCUUAGAGGUUAUGUGAUGCUUUAUCCAAAUUAUAUUAAUUUUGUCAGCCUUUCCACUAACCAUCAUGAAAAAGGCGUACACGUUCAUAAAGAAACUCGUAAAGGUUUUUUAUUACCACUUAUGAAACAUGAUAUUAUAUCUGAGGGACUACCAAAUGGUGGUUUGCCUAAUUAUAGAAAUUUACCAACAUUGGAUCUUUUCGGAACAGUUGUACCAUUUAAAACAAUUGUGGAACGUGGACAUAAUCUACACAGAAAUAUUUCACUAUGCCCUCCCAGCAAUUCUGAAAUACUUACUUAUGAUCCUAAAGAUCUAUUAUGUAUAGAUGAAUCAAAGAAGAUUAUUGAACCCAAAAAACGUAAAAAACUAAAAUUAAUUAAACUCAACAAAGCUAUCAAGGAUGAACAGACUAAGAACAAAGCUAUCAAGGAUGAACAGACUAAGAACAAAGCUAUCAAUGAUGAACAGACUAAGAACAAAGCUAUCAAUGAUAAACAGACUAAAAACAAAGUUAUCAAUGAUAAACAGACUAAAAACAACGUUAUCAAUGAUAAACAGACUAAGAACAAAGUUAUCAAUGAUGAACAGACUAAGAAUAAACCUAUUGCAGCACCUAUCAUAUAUAAGAAUAAACCUAUUGCAGCACCUAUCAUAAAUAAGAAUAAACCUAUUGCAGCACCUAUCAUAAAUAAGAUUAACCCCGACUCAAAAUCAGCUAAUCUUAAUUCUAAGUCGGAUCAAUCUAAACGGUAA